GAAAAAGGAAUUGCUAAUGCUUGUUGAGGAGAUGGACAUGAAAUGACGACGACGGCCUUUCUGAUCUCAAAGAUUCUUGUCUUCCUUCGUCUUCACUGCUUUUCUUGGGCUUGAUUCGGUUCGAUUCGAUUCGAUUUUUCUUGUUUUGUUUUCAAUGUCAAGGAGUGGAGUGGAAGGGAGGCAAGCCGAGAGUGCAGUAGAAGUACUCGUAGAAGCGUGUUUUUUCCGGCACGACGACAGCGACUCCUUCCCUGUCUUCUCUUACAUCAGAGAAGAGGAGCGUAUUCGAUCCGGAAGCGUGCACGUGCUCAUCACAUGUCCCCUACUUCAUCAUAUUGUCGGAAUUUCAGGAUUCUUCUAUAUUCAUGGAUCAUGGAUAAGGAACUGUACUGCUGACCCAGUGACUGAACCGACCUAAUUUAACAGUAUAUAAGUCAAUAACUCUUCAGCAUCGAUGGUCGAAAUUGCAGCAUGCAAGCUACAAAUUGGAGGAUGAAGGGUUUUGUUUACGCGCUUCUUGUCCUGCUUCUAUGUGAUUGUGCUGUGGGUAUUACCAAAGAAUGCACCAACCAACCUACACAAUCACAUAGCUUUAGGUAUGAGUUAUUGACGUCCAAAAAUCAAACAUGGAAGAUGAUGUUGCAUGAUCAUUUGAGCCCAAUGGAUAACUCUGAUUGGGAAGGCUUGAUGCCAAGGAGAUUCUUGAGAGGGAACGAGGUGCAAAAUGACUGGGCAGCGAUUUACAGGAAAAUUAAGAAUUUGGGUGUGUUCAAGCCACCAGAAGGGAUUCUCAAAGAAGUGUCUUUGCAUGAUGUGAGAUUGCAUCAGGACACAUUCCACUCCCGGGCACAGCUUACAAAUUUGGAGUAUCUAUUGAUGUUAGAUGUUGACAGGUUGCUUUGGAGCUUCAGGAAGACAGCUGGUCUCCCUACUCCUGGUACGCCCUAUGGAGGCUGGGAAAAUCCAGACAGUGAGCUCCGGGGUCAUUUUGUUGGUCACUACUUGAGUGCUUCAGCUCUAAUGUGGGCCAGCACACACAAUGAUAGCCUGAAGGAGAAAAUGUCAACACUGAUUUCCAAUCUGUCCGCCUGUCAGGAGAAACUUGGCUCAGGAUAUCUCUCUGCAUUUCCUUCUGAAUUUUUUGACCGCUUUGAAGAUAUUAAGCCUGUAUGGGCUCCAUAUUACACCAUUCACAAGAUCAUGGCUGGCCUGUUAGAUCAAUGUACUAUAGCUGGAAACUCUCAUGCUUUAAAAAUGGUGACUUGGAUGGCUGAAUACUUCUACAGCCGUGUGCAGAACGUGAUUACAAAGUACAGUAUAACUAGACACUAUCAAUCACUGAAUGAGGAAACUGGAGGGAUGAAUGACGUCCUUUACAAGUUAUACAGCAUAACGGGAGAUCUGAAGCAUCUCUUGUUGGCUCACCUUUUUGACAAGCCAUGCUUUUUAGGGUUGCUUGCUGUGCAGGCUGAUGACAUUGCAAAUUUUCAUGCCAAUACACAUAUUCCUGUUGUUAUUGGCUCUCAAAUGCGGUAUGAAGUCACCGGUGAUCCGCUUUAUAAGGAAAUCGGAACAUUCUUCAUGGACAUCAUUAACUCUUCUCACAGUUAUGCAACUGGAGGGACAUCAGUCAGUGAGUUCUGGCAUGAUCCAAAGAGAAUGGCAGAAAACCUGAAAACACAGAAAUAUGAAGAGUCUUGCACAACUUAUAACAUGUUGAAGGUUUCACGGAACCUAUUUAGGUGGACCAAGGCAGUAUCGUAUGCAGAUUAUUAUGAGCGUGCCUUAACAAAUGGUGUUUUGGGUAUACAAAGAGGUACAAAUCCUGGAGUGAUGAUAUAUAUGCUGCCACAAGGUCCUGGGGUAUCCAAAGCUAAAACAUGGCAUGGUUGGGGAACAAAGUUUGAAUCUUUCUGGUGCUGCUAUGGAACAGGGAUUGAAUCAUUCUCAAAGUUGGGGGAUUCUAUUUAUUUUGAAGAAGAAGGAAAGAACCCUACACUUUACAUCAUUCAGUACAUAUCAAGCUCCCUUAAUUGGAAAUCUGGGGGUGUCGUGCUUAAUCAGACUGUAGUUUCUGCUACUUCAUGGGAUCCUUACCUAAGAGUUACAUUGACAUUUUCUCUUGUAGAGGGGACUGGAAUUUCAUCUACGUUGAACUUCCGAAUACCAACAUGGACACAUUUGGAUGGUGCGAAGGCAAUUUUAAACGAUGAGAUUUUAUCUCUGCCGUCUCCAGGAAACUUUUUGUCAGUCACACGAAAGUGGAGUUCCAGUGACAAGCUGACCCUUCAAUUGCCCAUUACUCUUAGAACAGAGGCUAUAAAAGAUGACAGGUCAGAAUAUGCUUCUAUACAAGCAAUUCUUUACGGGCCCUAUCUUCUUGUUGGUCAUACCAGUGGUGAUUGGGACAUCAAAGUUGGGUCAAAUGCAUCUAUUGCUGACUGGAUUACUCCAAUCCCUUCAAGUUAUAAUACUCAACUAGCAACUUUUAUCCAAGAUUUUGAUGAGCCGACUCUUGUUUUAACAAACUCAAAUCAAUCUCUUACAAUGGAAAAACUACCUGAACCUGGCACAGAAUCUGCUCUUCAUGCAACCUUUAGACUUAUCUUCACCGAAUCUUCUUCGGAGUUUUCAACCUUGCGAGAUGCAAUCGGCAAAUCAGUGAUGUUAGAACCAUUUGAUCUUCCUGGGAUGCUCUUGAUGGACCAAGGAGCAGGCCAUCCUCUUGUCAUUGCAGAUACUUCCCAUGGUGGGGCCCCUAACGUGUUUGUUUUGGUAGCAGGAUUGGAUGGACAAAAUGAAACUAUAUCCUUAGAAUCCAAAGGCAAUAAGGAUUGCUUUGUGUAUAAUGGUGGUUCUGGUUCAGGUGUGAUGCUGAAAUGCAAGUCUGAUUUUAAUAUUAUUUUCAAUCAAGCAGCCAGCUUCAAGGCAGAAACAGGGUUAAGCCAGUACAGUGCCAUCAGCUUUGUGGCUAAAGGAGCAAACAGGAAUUUUCUUUUGGAGCCAUUAUUUUCCUUCAGAGAUGAACCUUAUACAGUUUAUUUCAACAUUCAUGUUUGAGAUACAGGUUAUAAAAAUGCGUUGGAGAUCAAAUGGUAAAUAAAUUUCUUCGUAUUAUGUUUCUCUUUUAUUGAGACGCCUUUGGAUUAUUGAUAGAAUUUGUAUAGGAAAUAAUCUGUAAUAACUUGAACACCUUUGUUGUACAGAAAAUAAUUGGGGAAGAGUAAGUCAUAAUGAAUCAUUAUAUUUGUUAAAGGUU